CGAGUUGGCGAGUCGAGCCAACCUCGGCGAGUUUUGCCGACUCGCCGCUCGGACUCGGCGAGUUUUGCCAAAACUCGCCGAGUCCGAGGUCCAGGACUCGGCCGCGCGAUAGGCAUAAUUCGAACUUAAAAAAACAAAAAAAAAAAGAGCUUUUUCAUUUGUUUUUUUUUUCCAUUCUCUUUGGUAUAACCCUAAAAGGUCUUUUAAUUGUUAUUUGUGAGAAGAAGAGAGGAAAAGUGAGAGUGAGGAAGGAAAACAAGAGGCCAUAGGUUUGCAAUCAGCAAGGAAGAAGAGCAUCAAGGAGACCACAAAUCACAUUGGGGAGGCCAUAGGCUUGCAUUGAGAGCAUCAAGGAGUCCAAAGCAAGACUUCUCAACUCAUUUGAAAGAGCAGCUUUCACGUUUAAAAAACAUUCAUUUUUCACAAUGCCUAAAAAGGAUGAGGCUUGGAAAUAUACUGAAGACUUUAUUGGCAGACAAAAAAAUCAAACAAAAUGUUUUUUUUGUAAAGAAAUUAAUUUUGGUGGCAUCAAUAGAUUUAAAUACCAUAUUGCCGGCAUACCUGGCCAUGAUAUUGAGGUAUGCAAAUUACAAACUCCUGAGGCAAAAUGUUUCUGUUAUGUCCAAUUAGAAACACAUGAACAAGAAAAGUUAACCAAGAAGAGGCAAUUGGAAGAGUUAAGUGCUAUUGGCUCCCAUGCACCCACAUCCGCAUCUGCAUCCGCAUCCGCAUCCGCAUCCACAUCCGUAGGCUGUGUUGGAGAGGGUUCUUCCAUGCCUCCCUUUCACCCUAGUGCUUUUGCUAGUGCUAGUGCUUCUGCUAGUGCUAGUGCUUCUACUUCUACUCCUCCUGGUGGCACUAUUACCUUUGGCCCUAGAGUUCGGAAAUCCAGGUUGGAUAGUUAUUUUGUGCCGCGUAGUACUCCUGGGGCACAACCCUCGCUUGAGGGUAUGGGUUGGAACAAGGAGGUUCAUGAUGCUGCAAGAAAACAAAUUUGCAAGUUUUGGUACUUUUGCAACAUUCCAUUUAUUGCAGCCAGGUCUCCUUAUUGGCAAGGCAUGGUAGAUUCCAUAACCAUUUGUGGUGCGGGGUUUAAAGCCCCUACCGAUGCUGAGUUAAGUGGCCCCCUCUUGUUACAAAUGGUUGAGGAUAUGAAAGUUGAGCUAGAGGACCACCGACAGUCUUGGAGAGAAAAGGGUUGCACCAUCAUGACAGAUGGUUGGACGGAUAGGAGGAAUAGAACACUCCUAAAUUUUCUUGUUUCCUGCGGAGGAUCUACCAUGUUCUUGAAAUCUAUUGAUGCUUCCUCACAUGUGAAAAAUGCCACAUACUUAUGUGAGGCUAUUGAGGAAGUCAUACAAGAGGUGGGGGAAGAAAAUGUGGUGCAGGUGGUGACAGAUAAUGCAGCAAGUUAUGUUGCUGCAGGUAAACUUUUGAUGGAGAGGCACCCGAAAUUUUUUUGGUCUCCUUGUGCGGCCCAUUGCCUUGACCUCAUGUUGGAGGAUAUUGGUAAGCUUGAAUGGGUGAAAUCAAUAGUUGAAAGGGCCAAAUAUAUCAGCAAGUUUAUCUACAAUCAUGCAUUGGUCCUUAGCAUUAUGAGGCAAUACACGGGGCAAAAGGAGUUGGCUCGUCCAGGCAUCACGAGGUUUGCCUCAAACUUCCUCACACUGAAAUCCUUGAUAAAAUCAAAGGCGGCUUUGAGGCGUAUGUUUGUUGGUGAGGAGUGGACUUCCUCAUCCUAUGCUACAACCACUGCAGGGAUAGAUGUGGUAAAUUGCAUUUUUGAUGAGUCAGGUUUUUGGACCCCCUGUGGAGAAACCGUGCAGGUCACUGAGCCCCUCGUAGUUCUCCUACGAGUUGUUGAUGGGGAGAAGCCCUCUAUGGGCUAUAUAUAUGAGGGUAUGGAUAGGGCCAAGGAGGCCAUUAGGUCCAUAUAUGCAGGAGAUGAGGAUAAGUAUGGCCCCAUUUGGGAGAUUAUUGAUAGGAGAUGGCAGAACCAGCUUCACAGGCCCAUCCAUGCAGCAGCCUAUUACCUCAAUCCGGCAUUUCGAUUCCGUGAUGACUUCAAGGCAGAUGAGGAGGUUCUUAGUGGCCUGUAUACAGUGGUUCAAAAGUUGUGUACUGAUGGCACAGCCUCAAGAACAACGCUCCAGCUGGAUAAAUAUAAUAAUCGAGAAGGGGCAAUCUUCUCAAGCAGCAUGUGCAUAGAGGCUCGAACACAAUUGCAGCCAGAUAGAUGGUGGCAAAUGUUUGGGCCCUCAACCCCAAACCUUCAAAAAAUUGCCAUCCGUAUUUUGAGCCAGCCAUGCAGUGCUUCUGGAUGUGAGCGCAAUUGGUCAAUGUUCGAGCACAUCCAUUCGAAGAGGCGUAAUAGAUUGUCUGUGGAGAGGUUGAAUGAUCUUGUUUUUGUUCAUUACAACCUCCGUCUUAGGACCAGACAGAUUUUGGACACUGACUCCUCUCCGAUCACUUUAGCGGAGAUCGAUCCAGAGUCUGAGUGGAUCACUGAGUCUACCGAUCCCGUCUUCACUAAGGAGGACCAUGAGUGGGUUGACCAGGCAGACAGAGAGGCUGAGGCUGUGGCUAUGGCAGAGGAGGAGGAUAGAGCACGAUCCGGCAUAGGCACCUCACAGGCGGAGACUAUGGCUUCUCAGUCAUCCAGGACCUACCUUAGACGCAUUUGUAGGAGGCAGACAGACUACUCUGAGGCUCAGGAUUAGCUAGAGCCUGAGCCAUAGACUUGUUUUUGUUUACAGUUAUAUAUAUGUUUGGGAACAUUUGAUGUCAUGGAUUUUAUAUACAUUUGACAACAUUUAUAACUCUAUAUAUCUAUGUUUUCUAUUUCCUUCA